GGCGGCGGCGGCGGCGGCGGCGGUGGCGGCGGGGCUGGCCCGGUGUCCCCGCAGCACCACGAGCUGACCUCGCUCUUUGAGUGCCCGGUCUGCUUUGACUAUGUCCUGCCCCCCAUCCUGCAGUGCCAGGCCGGGCACCUGGUGUGUAACCAAUGCCGCCAGAAGUUGAGUUGCUGCCCGACGUGCAGGGGCGCCCUGACGCCCAGCAUCAGGAACCUUGCUAUGGAGAAGGUGGCCUCUGCAGUCCUGUUUCCCUGUAAGUAUGCCACCACGGGCUGUUCUCUGACCCUGCACCACACGGAGAAGCCAGAACAUGAAGACAUCUGUGAAUAUCGCCCCUACUCCUGCCCUUGUCCUGGUGCUUCCUGCAAGUGGCAGGGGUCCCUGGAAGCCGUGAUGUCCCAUCUCAUGCACGCCCACAAGAGCAUCACCACCCUUCAGGGAGAAGACAUCGUGUUUCUAGCUACGGACAUUAACCUGCCAGGGGCUGUCGACUGGGUGAUGAUGCAGUCAUGUUUUGGCCAUCACUUCAUGCUGGUGCUGGAGAAACAAGAGAAGUACGAAGGCCACCAGCAGUUCUUCGCCAUCGUUCUGCUCAUCGGCACCCGCAAGCAGGCCGAGAACUUUGCCUACAGGCUGGAAUUGAACGGGAACCGGCGGAGACUGACCUGGGAGGCCACGCCCCGGUCCAUCCACGACGGUGUGGCUGCAGCCAUCAUGAACAGCGACUGCCUGGUUUUUGACACAGCCAUAGCACAUCUUUUUGCAGAUAACGGGAACCUUGGGAUCAAUGUGACUAUUUCGACAUGUUGUCCAUGAUGCACCGAAAUUAUUUGGGCAUAGUGCUCUGUGGUUAAUAAAGUUUUUAUUGAUGUUUUAUUCACUAUGUCUUCACAAGUCAAAGUCCCCAGCUACCCCGUGGUCUGUUUGAACAGCAGCUUCCCAUCUGGCAUCAGCCCAGCAGAGUUCACUAAACCAGAAUGAAUGGGGUUAGCCUGUUGGUCAUUCGGAGGCUGUUCUGUGAGCUAAAAUCAACUCAGUUGUUAAAUUUUACUCCCUAAACAGCACUUGCAGGUUGCUCAGGGCUCCUGUAGACCAGUUUGUUAGAAACUGGAGGCUCUUUCCUGCCCACCUCCCUAUGUUGGUCUCUCCAAGUUGACAAAAGCACAGUGACUGUCAGCAGAUUAACUUUACUUUUAUCUUGUGCAUAAAGGGUAGGAAUUGUUUUAAUGCAUUUUAAACUGUUUCUCAAACUGGAAGGCUAACCAAUAUGCAGAGUCACCUGGAGUAAUCAUCUUAGACAUACAGAUUUGGAUUCUAUGAAUUUACCAAUCUCAUCAGAUGAUUCUUUUCAACAGUAAAGUUUGAGAAUGACUGGGUCAAAUUGUGGGUAAAGUCCAGAUUUUAAAGGUGCUUUAAGAUUGCCCAAUACUGAUACUGUUUGUCUUUCUGCUAUUUCAUCCCCCAAUAGUCCUCCACCCCCAAAUUUAAACCAGAACUACAGAUCCCCAGAGCACACUCCUAAGACUUGGUCCCUCUCUUGUGUUUGGGAUGGAUUGCCUAUGAAAGGGAGUUGUAUGGCCAUUGAUAGUUCUCACGUAAUUAGUUUUUGCUCAUCACUAAUACAGAUGACCUAUUUACAUGUGGCUUCCCUUGGAGGACCUCCUUGACUGUAGAUGGUGGGAUAGACUAGAUCAGAUCAGUAGAGCUGGGAAAUCUUUAUUACCAGUGUCAUAUGCUUGCUGUUUAAAGGUAUGGUUUUUGUUUUGUUUUGUUUUUUGCCACAUUCACUUUAGUUUUUUAAUAAAUAUUUUCCAAAAAUGAA